AUGAACGGUGUUGAAGCUGCUGCCUCACUUUUCGCGCCAGAAGAAACAACGGGUGAUCCAUUUGCAAGCUUGGGAACAAAUCAUUCCACAGACCCCUUCUCUCCAAAUGGCCCUUCAGAUUUCCUGCAGACAAUAUCAACCAAAGCUGACCGCUCGGACGGACAGCCUACUUCGCUGACGGAGGCUUUCCCCUCACAACCUCACGAGCAUCCCCAGGGGUUCUAUUCUUAUCCUUCACAGCCAGGCGCCAGGGAAUGGGAUGAAUUUGGCAAGCGCGGGUUCGGCUUGACGCAAGAAACAGAGUUGGGAGACGUAAGUCGUGCACCCGCUGAAGUUUCGCAUAAUUCGUACGCCCCCGCAUCCUUGCAACAGUACUCGCAGCCAAGUUAUAACGUUUCACCCCCUUCCCACCAAUACCAACCUCAGCUUAAUCUGCCGCUGUCUUCGGCGAUUCCCAGUUAUGGUUCGUAUCCGACGGGACAACACGUAUCGCAGGUUAAUGCAACAGCAGCCCCACCACCAGCCGCAAGCUUGGAACAACCUCCACUGCAACUUUUGCCUUCUUUGAACGCUGGACAUUCAACUACCAAUCCUUAUUCCGUUGGUUCCUAUGUCUCACACGGCCGAUUAACUGAGCUCCCACGACCCUUGCCGUCCUUGGCGCCACCACCACCACCACCACCAAUUUCUUCCGCAAUUAAUCGUCCGAAGGUCUUAAAUGCAUAUGAUCCACCCUUUCCACCAGUCUCGUCCAACCGGCGAAAUGGUCGUGCAGCCGUGAACCAAAAAACAGCAGGCGCAUAUAACACAUACCAUACGUUUAACCAGGAGUCGGAGGCGCAGGUUCGUACUUCAUCAACGUACACAGGAGAGUACGGUGCAUCUAGGACAUUACCCCCUGUUCAAAACGCCAUUCGAACCGAGACUACUCCCGUCUACAAUCAUAACCGCGUCGCAGAAGCUCAAGCUCCCCGUUGGGAUCCUGUAAAUCAGGCCGUCUCUGAAAUAGGCUCACCGUUAGCUCCAGAAAACGAGCCACAUGGUUACAGAAUGUUCGAUCAGACUCGCGCAGCUGCCCUACCCCAUAAACCUGACACAUAUAGCACCGGCGAAAAUGGAUACUCAACAGGUUAUCAUCACAGUACUGCCACUCAGUCCGCUACAGUUCCCCUCGACCCUCAUCGUGGAGAAACGCUUCCUGUGAAUUCUGCGCAUGAAGCAACGCUAGAGCGGGCUUCUUUGCACCUUCCGCAAGAGCAAUCCACUCGCUCAUACUCAAUAAAGUCUGAUAACAGCGUCUUUGAUGAUGAUCCGGUGGUGCCUACGCAGUACGCCCACGAAUUACAUCAUAACUUAUCUGAUGCACAUUCACGUCCCGCUGUCGAUGAUCAAAGAAUGGGUUUACCUUACCAGCCCUACUUCCCUGACGAAGGAAUUUCGAAAGGGCCUAUGCAAAUCACCCAUGAUUCGUAUAUGCAUCAUUCUGAAGUCGUUGGAUAUAACUCGUUUUCUUCAAGUACGCAGAACCAUGAUGGCACAGUAGAUCCGUACUCUCCCGAUGCAUUCCAACCCCCAAUGGAUUUCACUGAAUCUUCAUCCGCGCCCUCUCUCCAUGAUGCCCAUGUUUCAAAAAUCUCUUUGUCCUACGAAGGCCCUUCGGGUUUGAAAAGUAGCUCCCCGUCGAACAGCGCCCUGAAUUCACUAGAGGAUCCCUACGCCCCCACUCAUUUCCAGGUACACCGGGAAACAGAAUACGGUUUGUCCACUGAUCCCAAUUACACAUCACCGACACAAGACAACCUUCGCAAACCAAUGCUAACCACGACAUAUGGUCACCACCUACCACAUGACGUCGCAGUUGCUCCGCCUUACACGCCUUAUGCACCCUCUCCCUCGCUGAUCGGCUCAAAUGAUCCACUAGCUCGUACAACUGCAAAUAUACCGAUUGUCAGCUUCGGCUUUGGUGGUCGGCUAGUGACAUGCUUCCACGGGGCAGACUCGCUCAACACAGGCUUCGAUGUAGCACUCUCUGCACGCAAUUCCACGUCAUUAAAGAUUCGUGGUCUCAAGAAAUUUAUCCCAGAGUCGGUUCUCGAUUCCCCCGGCGGGUUAUAUCCAGGGCCGCUAUUGUCUGAUCCUGGUACUCCCACGACGAGUAUUGUCAGAACCGGUAUGUCGACGCAGACUAAGACGAAGAAGAGUCGCGUGAUAAAAUAUCUCGAUGGCCGAGGAAACGAAAUCCAUCAAGGAAUCGGAUACUUGACGGGCAUGGAGAAGCGCAAGGCUGAGGGAAAACUUGUUCUCGUCAAAUUAUUGAAGGUCAUGGUGGAACAUGAUGGUAAACUGGUUGGAACUACUCAGGGUGACACCGCCAUUCGAUCGGCUCUAGUCCCACGACUUGAGGGUAAUCCACAAGGGGCGUCACUUGACGUGAAUGGAAUACCCAGCCAAAGCUACUCGUCACUAAUGCCAGAUGCUCAUAGAGUGAUUCCUGAAUCUUCAUCUCAGUCUAACGGUCCAAUAUCGACUUCGAAUGAAACCAUAUCACCAACCCACAAAAUUUCUGUCAUAAAUCGGAUCGAAGACUUCCUUUUGCGUGGGGAAAGAUAUCAAGCAUAUCAGUACGCGUUAGACGAGAAGUUAUGGCCCCACGCGAUGAUCAUCGCCAGCAGCAUCGAUAAAGAGUCCUGGAAAGCCGUUGUCAAUCAAUUUUUGCGGGACGAGCUGGGAGACUCGAGGAAUAUUGACAGCCUUCCGUUUGCCAGCAGUCGAGAAAACUUGAGAGUCGCUUAUAGCCUUUUUUCAGGCCAAGGAGCUGCCGCAGUACAAGAGUUAAUAUCAACGUCCGUCUCACAUCGCUCAGGUUUACAACCUUCCGCAGCCUCCCUCCUCGCUCCUAACGUUUCUUCUACCUCAGCUGCUUCUUUCCCAGAGUCGCUGUCCAAAUGGACGGAAACCGUCUCCAUGAUCCUUUCAAAUCCUAUGACAGUUGACAGUUCCGGGGCACUCACUGCCCUUGGGGAUCUUUUGUUCUCAAAUCAAUGGACAGAAGCUGCCCAUGUCUGUUAUCUUCUAUCACCGCAAACAUCCCCCAUAGGCGGAAUUGGAUCUCCCUCGACGCGAAUCACACUUUUAGGGGGGAAGAACCCACUCACAUAUCCAAGUUUCACCAAAGACGCGGAUCCAUUUAUACUUUCCGAAAUUCUCGAAUUCGCCCUUUCCCUUGUUCCUGUUACAAAAGGGCAAGAACCUUUCCAUGGUUUGCCCCACCUCCAAGCAUACCGAUUUAUCCAGGCGCUCUCUCUUGCCGAAAUGGGGGACAUGCAACUUGCGAAUAGGUACUGCGAGGCUAUCACAACCUCGCUCGUCGGCGGAUCACCGUACUAUACCACAACUUUCUUGGAACAACUUCGAGGACUUUCGGAGCGUAUCAUGGGUGUAUCUCAUGCCGGCAAGUCCGCCUCGUGGAUAGGAGGAAAAUUAAGCAAACCCAGCCUCGAUACCAUUGGUGGUUGGCUUGAAGGCCGCUUCACUAAGCUUGUUACUGGCGAAGGAGACGCGUCAUCAACUUCAGAACAAGAAACUACGAAAGCCGAAAGCCGCCCUUUUUCCGGCCCGUUCGCUCACUAUAGCACUAUCUCCUCCACGACUCCAUCUGCGAGGUCAUCACCACAGCCAUCUCUUGUUGAUGUCAACGUCCUUCCUCCACAUAGAACCGCGUCAGCAAUGGCGGCAGCAUCACCAUACAUGCACCCUCCCAUUGAUCGCGCUUCCUCAGCAAUGGAUUAUAUGAGGCAGAGACCCUCUUUGGGACAGCAUGCACCCGCCGCGAAUGGGCUCCACUCCAUCCCAACAGGCCCUGGCUUCAGAACCCAUGUUCCAAACAAUUGGUCUGCUUCUAGUCCUGAUCUUCUAACCCCAAAGUCCCCAAUCGAUUCUGGUGAGAACGAAACACCUGCCGAAGAGCCAUCAUGGUGGGGGUCUGGAUCAACGGCUCGCACGCCGACCGCGACCACAUUUAUGCAGGUUGAAUCGUCAACCGCUCGGGUGAGUCCAGAUGGCUUCAUGUCUCUCAUGGACAGUCAAUCGUUAGCCUUCGGGCCUUUGCCACCUAUAAAUUCUCAAGGCCAACGAACCCAGAAGGUCCCAGACGAAGAUGACGAUCUUGGCCUUGGUAACUCAAAGAGAGCGACUGGUUACAACGACCGGUCUACCCCAGCCUCGGAUUCUCCGGGAGUCGAAGAGCAAACGCAGACCAGUACGUCUAGCGAAUCAACAAGUGGAAGGAAUCAACCGACUUCCGUACCCUCAAAUGCUCCUGCAACGAAUGGUUCCUGGAUAAGUCGUUGGUGGAAAGGAAGCGAAUCGUCACCAGGGACGAUCAAAGCUAGUCUUGGAGAAGAAUCGGCAUUUUACUACGACAAGGAGCAAAAACGUUGGGUCAACAAAAAAGCGAGCGGAGACGAAACACCGAAACCAUCAUUGCCUCCUCCCCCACCUUCUAGGGCCCAGACCGCCUCACCAGGGAUGGGUAGCACCCGACAUCCUAUAUCUGGUCCACCGACCCGUGCGGCGUCGGCAAUUGACCUUAGUGCCUCCCCUCCGUCCAGAGGCCCCAUACGCGUGCGGUCGAACUUGGCUCCUCCCGCCGAAUCCGCGCCAAGUACACCCACUGGCUCAAGACCACCAUCAGGAGGUCCCCCUAUCGGAAGACCCACAUCGCAAGCGUCGAAACGGAACAUACGAAACCGUUACGUUGAUGUUUUCCAACAAGGGAACGGAGGUUCUUAG